AUGGUGAACCUGAGGAAAGCAGUGCACUCGUUCCUUGUGCACCUGAUUGGCCUAUUGGUUUGGCAAUGUGAUAUUUCUGUGAGUCCAGUAGCAGCCAUAGUAACUGACAUUUUCAAUACCUCCGAUGGUGGACGCUUCAAAUUCCCAGACGGGGUACAAAACUGGCCAGCACUUUCAAUCGUCAUAAUAAUAAUCUUGACAAUAGGUGGCAACAUUCUCGUUAUCAUGGCAGUAAGUCUGGAAAAGAAACUGCACAAUGCCACCAAUUACUUCUUAAUGUCCCUAGCCAUUGCUGAUAUGCUAGUGGGACUACUUGUCAUGCCACUGUCUCUGCUUGCAAUCCUCUACGAUUAUGUCUGGCCAUUACCUAGAUAUUUGUGCCCCGUCUGGAUUUCUUUAGAUGUUUUAUUUUCUACAGCGUCCAUCAUGCACCUCUGCGCUAUUUCGCUGGAUCGGUAUGUAGCAAUACGUAAUCCUAUUGAGCAUAGCCGUUUCAAUUCACGGACUAAGGCCAUCAUGAAGAUUGCUAUUGUUUGGGCAAUUUCUUUAGGUGUAUCAGUUCCUAUCCCAGUGAUUGGACUGAGGGAUGAAGACAAGGUGUUUGUCAACAACACCACCUGCGUGCUGAAUGACCCAAAUUUCGUUCUCAUUGGGUCCUUCGUAGCUUUCUUCAUACCCCUGACCAUCAUGGUGAUUACUUACUGUCUCACGAUCCACGUCCUUCGCAGACAAGCUCUGAUGUUACUGCACGGCCACACCGAGGAACCGCCCGGGAUAAGCCUGGAUUUCCUGAAGUGCUGCAAGAGGAGCACCGAUGAAGAGAACUCUGCAAACCCUAACCAAGAUUUGAACCCACGCCGAAGGAAGAAGAAAGAAAGACGGCCUAGGGGCACCAUGCAAGCUAUCAACAAUGAACGGAAAGCCUCGAAAGUCCUUGGCAUUGUCUUCUUUGUGUUUCUGAUCAUGUGGUGCCCUUUUUUUAUUACUAAUAUUCUGUCGGUUCUUUGUGGGAAGGCUUGUAAUCAAAAGCUCAUGGAAAAGCUUCUGAAUGUGUUCGUUUGGAUUGGCUAUGUUUGUUCAGGAAUUAAUCCUCUGGUGUACACUCUUUUCAACAAAGUUUACCGAAGGGCUUUCUCCAACUAUUUGCGCUGCAAUUAUAAGGCAGAUAAAAAGCCUCCGAUCAGACAAAUCCCGAGAGUUGCUGCCACUGCUUUGUCUGGGAGGGAGCUUAAUGUUAACAUUUACCGGCACACCAAUGAACCGGUGAUUAAGAAAGCUGAUGACAAGGAGCCCGGUAUAGAGAUGCAAGUUGAGAAUUUGGAGCUACCAGUUAAUCCCUCCAACGUGGUUAGUGAAAGGAUUAGUAGUGUGUAA